GUGCUCUGGAGGUGGUUUUUGUAAAGUGCUGCUGGUCUGGCUGACAGCUCCAUGAACGCGCUGUGGAAGUUUGGCUGAGGAGCUGUGCGCAGCAUGGGCACCGGGGAUUACAUCUGCGUAACGCUGCGCGGUGGUGCGCCCUGGGGAUUCACCCUGCGAGAGGGAGAGAGAGACACAUACAGACCUUUUAUUGUCUCGCAGGUCGAGGACGAUGGUCGUGCCUUCCAGGCUGGAAUACAGGAAGGCGACGAGGUGGUCUCAGUCAACGGGGAGCCGUGUGCCGAUCUCACCCUUUUAGAAGCGUUUGAUCUCAUUGACACAUCGAUCGACUGUCUGCAGCUGCUUCUCAAAAGAUACCAGUCCAUCUCCUCUGAAGACUAUGAAUCUGAAGGGACAUACAGUGAUGAGAGGGCCUCUGCUGGUGAGGCUUCAGAGAGCACCACCCUCCAUAUCUUCUCCCCAAAGCACAGGUCUGAAAUCCCAAGAGAACUCCACAUAUCUGAAUCCCAGGACGAGGCUUACUGUGUGGAGCUGGACAGUGAUACUAAGGUUUCCAAAGGACCCCAGUUGCUUUGCACCGAGCUACAUACUUCCUCGUCUGAUGCUCGAAGUGGUCAGGGGCCCAUUUUGAAGACAAAUGAUGACAAAAUGCAGCGAUGCUUCUCCUCAGGUGAAAUGGUGGAGCUCCAGGUGUCCAUGGCUGAGCAAACCUUGGAUGAUUUGGGUUGCACCUCUCUUGGAAGCGCUCGUGGGUUUGAAGGGGAAAUCUCAAGCAGAGAAGCUAUUGAGAACAUCAAUACCACCAUCACCACAUCACACUAUGUGCCAUCUUCUCUCAGACAGCCGCUCAGCCAGCAUGGAGUGGUCAUCUCACCCUCGAUGCAGGGGCAAGUAGAGGUAAUUUUUCAGCAGCCGGGAGCAGGGAGGGGCAUCCUGAGCGUGGGUGGCCCCAGGGUCAGUGAAAGUGUUGGAACCCAAAGUGAAGGAGAAGAAGGAGGAGGAGGGUACUGUGAGGGUGUCCCUGGGUCCUUUAGUGUCUCAUUUGAAAUUCACCCAGAAGACGCAACAGCAGCAGAUGAGCAGGACUCGGAUUCUGAGGGGGAUCAAGAUAAACCAAACAAGCAUCGGGCUAGGCAUGCCAGGCUCAGGCGUAGCGAGAGUCUGUCUGAGAAACAGGUGAAGGAGGCCAAGUCCAAAUGUAAACGUAUUGCUCUGCUUCUUACGGCCGCUCCACCCAACCCCAAUAACAAGGGGGUUUUGAUGUUCAAGAAGCAUCGUCAGAGGGUCAAGAAAUACACACUUGUAAGCUACGGCACAGGAGAAGACGAGCCAACUUGCAGCGACGAAGAGGACGAGGACAACGGAGACGACAAGAAAGAAACUUCAACUGUUGAAUUUACCUUUGUAGCUUCUACUGAUUCUGAAAUAGACAAGCAUUUUCUCACUAAUGCCAACAAUAGCAAAGGAGUGCUAACUUUAAACUGGGACAAAGGUCUCCUUGAAAUUGAAAGGAGCUUGAACAACCAAACAGAGAUGGAGUGUUUGCCUGAAACCAAAGGAAAGGGUGCCCUCAUGUUUGCCCAGCGGCGUCAGAGAAUGGAUGAGAUUUCUGCUGAGCACGAUGAGCUUAGGCGCCAAGGGAUGCCCGUUGAAGGAGUGCAGGAGGUUGAAAAGAAGGUGAUGGAGCACUCCUACAUACAGUCCGCAACAGAGGGCCAUGCUUACAUGGAUGUAAAUAUACACCAACAAAGCCAACAACAGUACCAGCAAUAUCAAGAACAACAGUACUAUGAGCAACAACAGAACUAUCAACAGCAGCAACAAUACCAACAGCAACAGCAAUACCAACAGCAGCAACAAUACCAACAACAAUAUCAGCAGCAGCAGCAGUAUGAGCAAAGGCAUUAUCAGCAACAGCAAAUUUAUCAGCAGCAGCAAGAAUAUCAUCAAGAGCAACAGCAAAUGCAGCACUAUUCAACAAACAUCAAUGGCACAGUGCAACAUCAAACCAAUGAAAUGCAGAGUUCUUUCAGUAAUCGUACUGCAAAGCCAUUCACAGCAGAAAACAUGGUGGCUAUCCCUUAUUCUCAUGCAAUGAGUGGGACCAAUCAAGAGUCUGUUGGUCAAGGAGAGCAGAUAGCAUCCCGUGAUGAGCGCAUUUCGACUCCCGCAAUUAGGACAGGCAUUUUGUUGGAUACAAGGAGAAAGACUACUGGCAAACCAAUGUUCACUUUUAAAGAUGCCCCAAAAGUAUCACCUAACCCAGCACUGCUGAAUCUCCUCAACAGGAGCGACAAAAAGUUGGGUUUUGAGUCAGGACCUGAGGAAGACUACCUUAGCCUUGGGGCUGAGGCUUGUAAUUUUCUCCAAUCUCAGCGAGUUAAACACAAGACUCCUCCACCAGUUGCCCCAAAGCCUGUGAUCAAUCCCAACUCUCCUCCUUGGUCUCCGCAGAUAGAGGCGACCAACCAGGACAUGCCUCAGUGUGCUGAAAAUAGUCUGUCCACACCUGCUGUAGCCCCCACCGCAGAGGCUACUCCUGCUCCAGAUCUAGAGCCAACCCCUGCACCUGCCCCUGAGCCCUCUCCCCCUCCUGCCCAGCCGGAGACUCUUGCCAGCACCACCCCAGGGGAACAACAAACAUGGACUCUUCCAGAGCCUGAAUCUCAGCAACAGCCUCCGCAAGCGGCAGCUCAGGAGGCAAAUGGCCAUAUGAAUUCUACUUUGCAGCCUGAGUCCUCUCCUGUGACUUCCUGGGGUGCAGCACAAACACAAGAACAACAGCCACCUCCCAAUUCUUGGCAUCCAGCUCAGGUACAUUCACAGGCACCACCUCCAAGUGAGUCUCCCCCACAGCCACCUUGGGUGACACGUCAGCCUCCUCAGAACCAAGUACAGCUUCAACCCCCAACAAAUACUUGGAGCUCUCAAGUACAACCUACCUGGGCUCAACCUCAUGAGCAGCCACAGUCCCAGCAGCAAGUUCAGCCACCCUGGACACACCCAAAUGAACAGGCCCACCGACAUCAAAUGCAGCCAACCUGGGGUCAAGCUCAAGAACCAGUGCAGCCGCAGCCCCAGAUCCCAUGGACACAGCCAUCUCAAACAGACUCUCAACCUCAACCACCAUGGGUGCAGCAACCCCAGAAACAGUCCCAAGCGCAACCUCCUUGGGCUCAACAGGUUCAGCCAGAAUCUCAACCACAACCACCGUGGGCCCAGCAACCACAACCACAGCAUCAGGCUCCACAACAAACAUGGCAACAACCCCAAGCACCAGGUCAACCUCAACCGCCAUGGGCCUCAAUUCAGCCUCAACAGUCUCAGCAACCUUCAAUUAAUGCAUGGCCCCCAUCACAAACUCAAGCCCAAGCUCAGCCUCCUUGGAUGCAAGUAGUCCAACCACAGCCUCAAGCCAAUUUAAAUCCAUGGACACCAGUACCUGCCCAGGCCCAAUCCCAGCCUUCAUGGGCUCAGCAACCUCCAGAACAUGGUCAGCACCACAUGAACGCUUGGGCCCAGGAGCAGCAUCAGACUCAACAUCAUGCCCAACAUCAGGCUCAACACCAGGCCCAUCAACAGGCCCAACACCAGGUCCAACCCCAAGCACCUUGGGCUCAACCAGUUCCACCCCAGCCCUCACCACAACCAAACUGGCAACAGCCCACUUCAAAAUCUCCACCAAUAAACACAUGGCCUCCAGCUCAAACACAGCCUCAGACACCUGUGAAUACUUGGACACCGCAGUCACAGCAAGCACCUGUGAAUGUUUCAAUGUCAACAGUGAACACUCGACCCUCUCCAAAACCUUGGCUUCAACCACAAAACGCCCCACAAAGCCGGACCCCUCCUUCUCCACCACAGCGAAUGCACUCUUUUACUAUUCGUCAAAGAGCUUCUUCACCCAUCAACCCAAUGGCCACUGUCUUAAACCCCUCCUCCCAAGGUUCAGCUUUUGAGAUGCCAGCUGUCAGAGGAAAAGGAGCUGAUAUGUUCGCCAAGAGGCAGUCUCGUAUGGAGAAGUUUGUUGUGGACUCUGAGACUGUGGAAGCAAACAAGGUAGUCCGGUCAACGUCACCAGCUGCUUCCCUACCGAAUGAGUGGAAAUAUACUCCCAAUGCGGUUGGCAGGAGCUACUCCCUUUCCCCACCAGCCAGAGUACCGUUCACUGGCCAGAAAUCAGCUUCUGCUUCUUCCUCACCAAGGCCUCUAGCUCAGGCCCCCAUCACUCCCCAAGCAAGGCAGACAUCCUGGAUGGAAAAAGGCCACAAACCCCCAACGCCCUGGGAGGCCGCCUCCCGGCACCCUUUUGGCCUGGUGGAUGAAGCCUUUGCUUUCCAGAAUCUCCAGCAAACCCUUGCUUCAAAUGUUCGCUUGGCAGCCCAGCGCAAAAUGCUUCCUGAGCCUCCAGCAGAGUGGAAGGCUGGAGUUCCUUACCGAGGCCCCCAGAAAACAGGCAGCCAGACUUGGAGCCAGAGCCAAAGUCGCAGUCAAACUCGAGCACCGCUUCCAUCAUUCCUGUCCCCAACAAGGAGCCCCGUGUCCACCCCAGUCAGUCAUGCUGGUUAUAGGUCCCUGCCCAGACAGUGGCAGCCUCAGAAGCCUGUGAUGCACGCAAACCCGAGGCCCUCAGUGUCUUUGUCUGAGUGCCAGAGGCCCUUGGGAAGGCAAAAUUACAAGUCUGUGUACACCAGCAACACUUGGAGUUGGAGGCGGUAGGAUACAGCUCAGCCUGUGUUUUCUUUGAGAAGUAAAAUCACAUUAAUCACAGAUUUCUUCGUGCAUUUGCAAGCAGUUAGAGCAUUUUUUUUAGAAUAGCUAAACAAAGAAUAGAACGUUGGUAAGGAAAGAAAGCUGAAAUGGCAAAAAUUUGAUAGAUUUCUCCUGGUUUUGAUAAAACACUACCAUUUUUAAAAGAUGCAUUCUACUGAUUUUGCUAUCGUGGCUUCAGUUUUAGAUGAAAUCAUUUACUUUGCAUGGCAUAAUCAAAUUAGUGAAAAGACAUGUUGAGUUUGGACAACAUUUGUAGACUCGGUAACAUUAAAUUGACAUAUUUCUAGUUUGGUAAAUACACUUAAGUGGGCCAGUUCAUGAGAUGGAAAUGAGUAUGUAGUUUAGAAUGGAUAUAAUGAGUAUGAAUGAAUAUAAUUAGUAGAAAAUAAGUGAGAAAGAUUUGAGUGAUUGUAUAGUAACAGUAGCUAUCUUGAGACAUAACUGAAGUAUACAAUGAGAGGUAACUGUAGUAUCUUGAGAGAAAGGUUUCGUAUGAUAAGAGAGAGAAAGAAACAGAGAUCCAUCCUUCACCUAGUAGGUCGCAAGUGAAGAUUGUUUCAUUGCAGUUCAUCCUGGUUUCAUUUUCUGCUGUGGAUGUAUGCAUUUAGCAUGCAGGGUUCUUGGAGUGAUUGUGCACUUUUUUUUGCUGGUUUUGUUUGAAUUUCAGUCCAUGAAACUUAAGGAUGGUGCUUUUACAACAUGAAAUUGCCUCCAUGUGCGAUUUCAAUUAGCAUUGCAUUAGAAAUGAGGUUUAAAACUUGGGGAGAGGUUAUAACUCAGCAUGUGGGUGGACACGAUGUUAUGUAAUCUUGAAUGAGUGAGAUGAAUUCACUUAUCUACUUGGUGCAUUUUAAUUAGUGCAUUAGCAUGUGGCUACUAAACACUUCUUUGUGUACCUCAACAAACAAGUGAAUUGUGACAGUAUAUAUGAAAAAUUAACUGAGAGAUAAUGAGUUUCAGUUGGGAGUGAAAGUCAGAUUGCUAAAUGUGGGCAAGUUCUAAUUAUGACAACAAAAGUGAUUGUUUUAGUCAAUAAAAAGGGUUUACUGGGACUGGGAGAGCUGCAGAAUGUAAUGAGCUUGUAUUUGAUUUGGGCUUUUGCUAUAGACUUGUAAUCAUCUCCAAAAAUGAAAGCUCGGCUGGUGUUUCCACAGAGUGUACAUAAUGUCCUAAUGUGAUUCUCACCAAGAAAUCUCAUAAACAUAAAUAAGAUUUAUCACAUCGCAUUGUGUUGUGUCUCAACUGACUCACUUAGUGUGACGUUUUUACUGUACUGCUUCCAUUCAAACAACACAAAUUACGGUCCUUCCACAGCUCCAGUAAUCCAGUUCAGCUGCAAACUAAUUCAGAAAAAGAUUCACAUUCAGCAUUUCGCUAAAUAAAUUCAAACAAAUAGCACUGUUUCACAA